AUACGGGCCAUAUUUCGACAGCCGGCAGUGACGGCGGGAUAGUCUCAAUAGUUUACGAUAGCUUAUGACUGAACGGCAGUAGCAGUGGGACUAGUGGGCAAAGUGUCGUAUAGCAAACAUGAUGUGAUUCCAAGACUCGGCCGAAAGUUAAUACGAGGAAUUGAAGGGUCGGUUUGUCUCGGCGGUUAUAAUUAUCCUGUCAAGCAGUCAUGUCUCGUCUCAUCUCGGAAUGUCUUGUCAUGAUGAAUAAUGACGAAUCUGAGACUAAUUACCACGUGUACAGGCUACAUAUCCAUACAAUCGGUUCAGCGUUUGCUGUCCCUUGGAAUGAUUCAGAGCGCCUCUGCCGGUUUCCCAGAGAACAAAGCAAACAAUGACGCGAGUGUCUAGUGGUUGAACCAGAUCUGUCAAGAUAUUCCCAUGGAAACGAUUGAUCGAAAAGUCUGAUUCUUUCGCUCCCCACUGUUGGUGGUCACACCAGAUCUGCUCAUCCUCCAAUAGAAAGGCCAGGAUAUUUCUAGAUGCUGCAAACAGUGGCGUUUCGAGAUAAAUAAAGACACGAACCAACUGAUAGAGGGUCAGGCAUGAAGGUUACUGGACAGGCCAGACAGGCUAUAUAUGCAAGCCACGCGAAGUUGCCAGGGCAGAAUGCCACCCGAGUUUAAAAAUCCCUAUCCGCGCAAAUGCAAUACAACAGAGUGUCAUUAUCAAGAGGGCAUAACUGCAUAUGCAUAUAUCACUGUACACCGCUUUGGACAUAGCGCAAUCGGGCAUUUGCACGUCCCCCCGUGCCAAGUCGCAGAUGCCAAGAGGCCAUUACAGAUUAGGUGCUCAGUCGACAAGUUUCACAAUAACGGCUGCCAAUUUGAGACCCUGCUAGCAUCUUUGAACAAUCGCAACAAUCACACCGAGAUUUCAACUCUGAUCGUCCUCGAUAGGAAUUUCCAACGCUAAUAUCUAAGCGUAAAGCACGAUCAGACGAUAAGGCUGCUGGAUUGGACUAGAUGGCUCAUGAACCAACUGCAGGGAAAAGGGGGCGACGGGUAAAUUGGGGGCGGACCGUUGUUUAAUGAAAAGAGGCACGGAAACGAAUUAGUGGAACUUGUUCAGUGGACGGGACAGUAAGUUUCACGGUAAGAAGAUAUUCAGUGCGCGUCUCAGCUUUGAAGAGCCGGGCUCUGUGUCACUUUUGGUGCCGAGAUAAGACAAAGACAAGACAAGGGCAGUAUGAGACGAAGGGUGAUCGCCGAGGCUCAAACAUAGGCAGUCAUACCGCAAUUACUCGAGCUCAAGGGAAGCCUUGUUUUUUCUCUCUGGAUCGCAUCAAGUCAUCCUUGCAGGAUAUGACCAUGCUGGGUAUGUCUCCUGAAUAUCGCGGGAAGGAAUGGAGUUGAAGUGACAUGGAAGGAUUGGGGAUUGUCAUCUUGUGCGAAACGCCCUAGAUCUGCAGGUUUCCAGAUUACUCCGCAGUAAGCAAUUGGAUAAGAUGAAGGAAUUGGCGCUUCUCGAGCCGUUAUUUGGUUCGGUAUGGCUUUAGGUAGUCUUGCAUAGUGUCCUUUUUCUUUCCGACGCUUGUUGAGGGAUUUGAGUAUAUUGAUCAUCGAUUCCUGAGCCCUGACUUCGAUGCUUCGAGAAAGAACCGCAGCCUGGACUACCCAAUCCAAUGCAACCUUAUUCUGACGAACAAUUCAGUAUUGUCGAACUCAAUCACAGUUGCGCAUACCAUGGAAUGGCUCUGCUUGAAGUUAUAUACGGCUUUGGGUAGUGAGACUCUAUUGAGUUUUGAUGUUAAUUGAACUCGAUUGAAGUAUCGAUUCACAUGGCGUCAAAUACGAGUUCUUACUGGCCUAGCGAGGUCUCUAAUCUUGAAGAUCCAAUGUGGCUUGCCGACUCUGAAGCCACGUUCUAUUUGGGGUUCUGUUUCAAGCCUCCGACGCGAUGUGUGUCACUGUGGGGAGAUGAAUUGAAGAACAAUUGAGGCGAUGCAAAAAAUGAGGCAAUUGCGAGGAAUAGGUCGCAUUAUAUUCCGAGUAACCGUCUGUGUUGAACAUGUUCGCCUGGCAUUUGUCUCGUCUUGACUUGUCUUGCUUGCACUGUAGUCUUCUCCGUUGCAGGGAAACCCUUGAGUUUGAAGCAAAAGUUUGAUGCAGGCUAAUACCAAGCUUUUUUCUGUGGUAGGUCGCGGGCGCCUCCUCCGCCUGCCGAGCCCCUGACGAGUUUGGACGGCCCCCUCGUAGAAACGCCCCUGAGCAUCUCAUCAAUUGGAUGGUAGCCAAGAGAUCCUUCAGCGUGGA